AUGAAUGGAAAUUUUACUACUUCAAAUAUGAAUAAUCAUCCUACUCGUAUGUUUACACCUCAUCCAUUAGAAAAAACAUCAUCUAAUAUCAAUUUGUGUCCAAAUAUAAAUCCAAAGUACAGCCUUCAUGGUGCUGCACAACGUAAAUAUAAUCAUCCAUAUAAGAAAUUUCAAACCGGCUCUACCACUACAUUCUCCGGCUAUACCAAUAUAUCGAAUUAUAGAAAUUUUAAUCAUUAUGAAAAUAAUGGCAACAUUGAAACCUUAAAUAACAUCAAUAAGAACAAUAAUAAAUUAAUGUCCAAUAAUAUAAAAGUACCUAAUCUCAUGUCAAUUGAUUAUUUUAAACAACCAUCCAGGAAGAAUCGUCGAAGUUUAUAUCUUGCUCAACAAUAUUAUGAUCAUGAUCAAGCUCAAACAACUUAUCAAAAUGAUUUUCGUACAGUAUUACCAACAACAACAAGAGCAAUAAUAUCAUCAUCAAAUCAACUUAAAGCAUUAAUUCUGUCGGAUUCUAUGUGCAAAUAUGUUCGUGUAGAUCAAAUCAGUCCACCUGGGAUGAAAGUUAAUGUAUCAUUUGAAUCCGGCUGCAACUGCAAUCGAAUGCUUGAAUUUUUAGAGAAAGAAAAUGUUGAACAAAGUUCUAUAUUUAAUGUUGACUUUGUUGUUUUUUCUUUAUGUACAAAUGAUGUUGCUUACUUGGAAUUAAAUCAAGUUAUUCAGCAUUGUCGUUAUGUAAUACAACGAACAAGACAAUUAUUUCCACAAAUAAAAGCUAUCGGAUGGCUCACUCUCUCACCACGAUCAAAGCCAUCAAAAUUAUAUAAUUCUUCAAGCAUUGAUGAAAUUAAUAAAAAAUUCAAUGAACUAUUACAAGUAUUAUCCAAGCAAAUGAAUUUCGAACUUAUCAAUGCAAAUCUUCAACAUCAACAUAUGCAUCACGAUGGUCUUCAUCCAUCUAUGCAGUCAGGUCGUAUGCUUUUUGAAAGAGCAUUGUAUAAUUGGCUUUUCAAAAAAACAAAAACUUUUACUCUUGGUUUAAAUGCUGACAAUAAUAAAACCAAGAAUAAUAAUGAUAUACGUCUAAUAACAAAUACAAAUUAUAAUAUUCAUCAACAGCAUCGAUUAAAUAAUGAUAAAAUAAUGAUAAAAUAA